GAAAUAUAAAGUCCAAGUAACUUAUGAGGGGAGCAGGGUACAAAUGACUUCUCAGUGGAGCACGGCCGGAACAAAUUAAACCCGGACCGAUUCAGACUCGGUGGUUAUCGGCUACGGGUGGGAAAUCUGCCAUUGGCAAACUUGGAGAAGAAGAAGAAAAUGACGGUUGCAGCGGGAAUCGGGUACGCGCUGCUAGCGCUAGGACCGUCUCUCUCACUCUUCGUUUCUGUCAUCUCCAAAAAGCCUUUCUUGAUCCUUACCGUCCUCUCCAGUACACUCUUAUGGCUCAUAAGUUUGAUCCUCCUAUCGAGCUUAUGGAGGGCAUUUCUUCCUCUCAAAUCCACUGCGUGGUGGCCAUUUUCCUUACUUAUAAUCACGUCAGUUGCUUUUCAAGAGGGCCUUCGCCUACUUUUCUGGAAAGUUUACAAGAAGCUGGAAGAUAUCCUGGAUGCCUUUGCUGAUAAAGUUGCAAAACCUCGCCUUUUUUUGACAGAUAAGAUGCAAAUUGCUCUCGCAAUAAUUGCUCUAGCAUUUGUCACAAUUCACACUUUCUCAAUGGUAAUUGCAUUCGAUGGAUAUGCUGAAGGGAACAAAACGAACCAAUUAUUUGUUCCAGUUGUUCAUCUUGUCGCCGGACUGACGGUAAAACACUAACUUUUCCUAUUACCUUUUCAUGCAAGAUUUCUGUCAUAUUGCUUUGGUAUUUUCUAUCUAAUAUGUUCUUCAAUACUUGAUCAUUGAUAAUUAGAAAUGGCCCUGGGGUCACCCAUAUGAAUAUACCAUUUCCUUUGGAUUGAGAAAGAUGGGAAUUAUGAAUAGAAUUGUAAUUUAACUUCGCAUGGGAAGUAUAGACUUAUAUAGUCUAGAAUUUAUGAUUUGUAGUAGGAUUAUGCUGUUUCAUGUUGGAAGUAUAGACCUAUAUAGUUAGGAUUUGCGAUUUGUACUAAAAUUAUGCUGGUUUAAAAACUUCAAAAUAGUUUGACUUUGUUGUUGAUGUUAUUGCCAUCUUAUCCUACGAAGGGUCUGGUAGUUUAAUUAGUAUCCGUAUUUAUAAGCUGCUAAUAUUUUUAUGAAAAAGAAUAUUAAUUAAACAAUUAUAAA